GUUAACAAGUAAAAACAUGCAUUCAUUCCCCAUGGUUUUCUUCGACACCUUUCUGCUCUUUCUUUCUCUUAUCCUCAUCAUCAAACGAUAUUCCAAUGCAUCAACCACCAAAAACUCACCCCCUUCACCUCCAACGUUACCUCUUAUAGGUAACCUUCAUCAACUAGGUUUGCUCCCACACCGCACACUCCAUUCUUUAGCCCAAAAAUAUGGCCCUUUAAUGCUCCUCCAUUUUGGGAAGGUGCCAGCACUUGUGGUAUCUUCUGCUGAAGCAGCGCGUGAGGUGAUGAAAACUCACGACCUUGUUGUCUCCGAUAGGCCACAAAGUAAAGUGUGGAAGAUUCUCUUUUAUGAUACCAAAGACAUGGCAAGUGCUUCAUAUGGGAAGAGUUGGAGGAACUUAAGGAGUUUGAGUGUGUGUCACCUUUUUAGUAGCAAAAAGGUGAAUUUAUCUGAGUUGCUUGGCUUAUUGUCGAAUGAUGUAAUAUGUAGAGUGGCUCUUGGAAGGAGAUACCGUGGAGUAGAAGGGAAGGGGUUUGAAAGGGUUCUUUUGGAGUUUGAUGAGUUAGUGGGGACUGUGUCUAUAGGGGAUUAUAUGCCUUGGCUUGAUUGGUUGAGCAAGGUUAAUGGUUUGUAUGGUAGGGCAAAGAGGGUGGCCAAAUAUUUGGACCAAUUUUUAGAUGAAGUAAUUGACGAGCAUAUCAGUGGUGGGUCUAGGAAUAGCAAAGAUGGGCUUGAGGCAGAGCGUGAUUUUGUGGAUGUUUUGCUUUCCCUCGAAAAGACUGAUACUGAAGGCUUCCCUGUCGAUAGAAAUGUAAUAAAGGGUUUGAUAGUGGACAUGUUUGUUGCAGGUACUGAGACUACUCAUGCAACAAUGGAGUGGGCAAUGACAGAACUAUUGAAGCAUCCAAUUGUGAUGCAUAAAUUGCAAAACGAGGUGAGAAGUGUGGUUGGUAACAAGACUCACGUAACUGAGGAUGAUUUGGGUCAGAUGAAGUACUUGAAGGCUGUGAUUAAGGAAACGUUUCGCCAUCAUCCCUCAGUUCCUGUAAUUCCUCGAAAAUCUUCUGAAGAUAUCAAAGUGAACGGCUAUGACAUUGCUGCUGGCACACAGGUAUUAGUGAAUGUUUGGGCAAUUGGAAGAGACCCUUCUUCAUGGUACCAACCUCUAGAGUUUAAUCCAGAGAGAUUCCUUAACAAUUCAAUUGAUUUCAAAGGACAUGAUUUUGAGUUAAUCCCUUUUGGAGCUGGAAGGAGGGGUUGCCCUGGAAUGCUAUUUGCCAUUGCUACUAUUGAGAUGGUAAUAGCAAACCUUGUCCACCAAUUUGAUUGGGCACUGCCUUGUGGGGAGGACUUGAAUAUGUCUGAAAAUCCUGGCAUGGCUAUUCUUAGAAAAUUUCCACUCAUGGCCGUAGCAACUCUACAUGAUAGAAAUUAAUAUAUUUGACUAGAAAAAGGAACUAAUGAUGAUGUAAGGAAUAAAGUUGUGUCACAUGCAUGUUAUGUGAUUCAUGACUCUUGUAACUGCGUUGUAGUUAAUUUUAGGUUAGUAUUGUGGUAUGAAGAUUGCUGUAAUUCCAAUAUAAGUUGUGAUUAAUGUAUAAUGACUAGAAAAAAAAAGUUAUGAUAAAAGGAAUAAAGUUGUGUCACAUAUAUAUUGUGCGACAGACACAUCAUGCUCUCUUACAUUAAUGGAUACAAUUGUAUUGUAGUUAAUUUUAGGUCAGUAUUGUGGUUGGAGGUUGCUAUAUAAUUCCAAUAUAGACAACUCUCCUAUAUGGUAAAAUACCACCCAACAUACCCUCCUAAAUGGCUGGCACUUCAUCCUCCAUUGAAGCUAUUGACACACUCCUUGGGAGGAUUGGACUGAGUUGAAGGCUAUAUACCACCUUGAGGACAAGGUGCUACUAGAAAGAGGGAAUGAUGCCAACCCAAGUCCGAUGAUCAUGGUCCAAAUACAAUUGCUUCCGAAACUAUUACUAAGUGUGUGCAUGGUUUGUGAUAUACAGUCAUGGAGAGGAAGGAAAGGGAGUCAAAUAUUAUUCUAUAAGAUUUUGAUUUCCUUCUC